AUGGGCAUCGGCGUCCUUGAACCGAAAUCAGAUGCUGUUGUGCCAGGAACCGUCCUUCUACAAGAUCAUGGGGACGACACGACAGUCGACAAUGAUGCACGAGGCAACAACGAAGAGGUCAUCCUGGAGCCACAGCCCUCGAACGAUCCAAACGACCCCUUGAACUGGCCCUUGGGCAAGAAGGUUGCUAUGGUCAUGAUCGUCUAUCUGGGUGCAGUGGUUCACUCGGGCACGACGGCACCACUGCUCAUAAGUGGAAACGUACAAAUCUCGAAGGACCUUCACAUUCCUCUGUCAAAGAUGGUACAACUGUCACUGGGAUAUUUCAUUUUGGCUGCUGGAGCUAUCUGUCCUUUUAUUGCUGCAUUCGCGCGGAAGUACGGCAAGAGACCAGUAUAUGUGUUGUCCUCGAUUGUGGCCACCGUCGGCUGCAUUGUCGGCGCCACAGCAUCUGGAUACAAUUCACUUCUCGCAGCUCGAAUUCUACAAGGAAUAGGGCAAGCGGCAUGCGAGACGCUUACUUUCAACACCAUCGGAGAUGUUCUUUUCGUUCAUCAGCGAGGACUACCUGUGGCACUUGGUGUUCUCUGCAUCAACGUUACCAUCAACAUUGUCGGCAUUAUCUCUGGUGCAAUCACGACCCGACUUGGCUGGCGGUACUGCUUCUGGAUCUUGCUGCCUUUCGCAAUCAUACAGAUGCUCUUGGCUUUCUUCUUCGUGGCGGAGACUUCUUACAGACGGAAUAGCGUCGAUAGGCUCAACGCAGGGCACAGAUCGAAACUUCAUUCAACGAACGAUGCUAGCAGCGUUGACGCAAACUACGAGUUCGAAGAGCAAAUCUCAAGAGAUGAUACCUUGAAAGACAACGCUUCGAAGCUUGAGAAUGUCGUCUCUCACCAGGCCUCUGAGAACCAGCCCACUAGAAAGAGUUGGAUCCAAGAGCUACGCCUCUACAACGGGCCAUUCGCGGAUGAUCCAAUGUGGAAAAUUUUCCUCGCCUUCCCAGCCGUUCUACUAAACCUGGGAGUGUCUUUCGCAGUGUUCUCUUGCGGGUUGUGUCUGACAUGGUUUGGAGGGACGGUCACUAUCGCUUCAAUACUCUUCCCAGCACCUCCAUACAACUACACUACCAUCCAGGUCGGCUACGCCUCGGUCGCACCAGCAAUAGGAUCACUACUGGCCAGCAUAUUCAUGGGCCUAACUCUAGACCAUCUUGUCAGCAAACUCACACGUCACAAUAGAGGCGUGUAUGAGCCCGAGUUCCAGCUACCUCUGACUUUCGCCGGCGGUGCGUGUGUCAUUGCAGGAAUGGUAUCGACCGGAUACACAUUCGGAAAAGGAUCCUCUGUCUAUAUCGUCUCCGUCUGCUGGGCGAUCGCCUCCUUUGGCUUCGCCUGUUGCAACGUCACCUACUUCAACUAUGCCCUCUCUGCCUACUCGGACUACACCGUGGAAAUCAUCGUUAUGUCGGUGAUGUUUCGAAACUUCUUGGGUUAUGUGUUGUCCCUUUUCGUGGUGCCGUGGCUUGAGAGAAACGGCCCGCUGGUGGUGUACAGCAGUCUUGCAGGCACUAUAGCUGCGACUUUGUUACUCGUGGGAGCGUUUUAUGUUCUUGGGAAACGGUAUCGUCUGUUCUGGCAUAGACAUAAUCUGCUUCAAAGACUGCAACUGGAGGCGAAGAAGCCGAGGGCAUCGGAAUGA